GAGCAUAGGCUGGGGGUCAGGAUGAGGAAAAAGAGAUGGGAAAGACUUCCCCCCACUUCCCAGUAAGAAGGCCCCGUGAUCAGCUGGAGCCACUGGCAGUUCUGGCCAACCUCGGAACUUACAUAAAGGGACAAUUGGAGCCUGAAAAUCCACAGUGCUGACACUUACAGGGCUUGGAGCACAGGGCACCCCGACAUCAUGAGUUGGUCUUUGCACCCCCGGAGUUUAAUCCUCUACUUCUACACUUUUGCAUUGCUCUCUUCAACAUGCCUGGCAUAUGUCGCUUCCAGAGACAACUGCUGCAUCUUAGAUGAAAGAUUUGGUAGCUAUUGCCCGACUACAUGUGGAAUUGCAGAAUUCCUAAAUAAUUACCAGACCGAAAUAGACAAGGAUCUACAGACUUUGGAAGACAUCUUAGGUGAAGCUGAAAACAGAACAUCACAAGCCAAAGAACUGAUCAAAUCCAUCCAAGUCAUCUAUGAUCCUGACAAACCAUCACGGCCAAAUAGGAUAGAGGCUGCUACUAAUAAUUACAAGAAAAUGACGGAAGAUAUUAUGAAAUAUGAAGCAACGAUUAUAGCACACGAAACAAAUAUUCGAUUUUUGCAGGAUAUAUAUAAUUCAAACAAUCAAAAGAUCAUUAACCUGAAACAGAAGGUAGCCCAGCUUGAAGAACAGUGUCAGGAACCUUGCAAAGAUGACGUGCAAAUACAUGAGACAACUGGGAAAGAUUGCCAAGACAUUGCCAAUAAGGGAGCCAAGGAAAGUGGGCUUUACUUUAUCAAACCUCUGACCUCUAAGCAGCAGUUCUUAGUCUACUGUGAAAUAGAUCAAUCUGGAAAUGGAUGGACUGUGCUUCAGCAGAGGCUUGAUGGCAGUUUGGAUUUCAAGAAAAAUUGGAUUCAAUACAAAGAAGGGUUUGGACAUCUGUCUCCUACUGGCACUACAGAGUUUUGGCUGGGAAAUGAGAAGAUUCAUUUGAUAAGCACACAGUCUGUUAUCCCAUAUGCAUUAAGAGUGCAGUUGGAGGACUGGAAUGGCAAAAUCAGUACUGCAGACUAUGCCAUGUUCAAGGUGGGACCUGAAAAUGACAAAUACCGCCUGACAUAUGCCUACUUCAUCGGUGGGGAUGCAGGAAAUGCCUUGGAUGGCUAUGAUUUUGGAGAUGAUCCUAGUGACAAGUUUUUCACAUCCCACAAUGGCAUGCAGUUCAGUACCUGGGACAAUGACAAUGACAAGUUUGAAGGCAACUGUGCUGAACAGGAUGGAUCUGGUUGGUGGAUGAACAAGUGUCAUGCUGGCCACCUCAAUGGAAUUUAUUACCAAGGUGGCACUUACUCAAAAGCAUCUACUACUAAUGGUUAUGAUAAUGGCAUUAUUUGGGCCACUUGGAAAUCCCGUUGGUAUUCCAUGAAGAAAACCACCAUGAAGAUAAUCCCAUUCAACAGACUCACCAUUGGAGAAGGAGGGCAGCAGCACCACCUUGGGGGAGCAAAACAGGCUGGAGACAUUUAAAAGACAAUUUCAAAGUGAUAUACUUUUUUUAAAGGACUUUAUCUGAACAGAGAAAUAUAAUAUUUUUCAUAUGGGACAAUGGACUUGUAAACCCUCACUUCGUUUUAAGAAAAAAAAGAAUCCAUGUUGAAAACUCCACUAACAGUUUUAUGCUGGUGAUAAUUUAUCUACAUGCCAUUUCAAUAAACAUUUUGUUUCCUAAGACUAGA